CCUUUCAAGAUUAUAUUUUUUUCGAUAAUCUUGAUAAUUUUCUUCCUUUUACCAGUGUAAGGCUUCAAUUCAAUCACACCUACCAUAAAUAUAUCCUUUCUCCUUCCUACCUCUCAAAAUGGUUCGGGUUUACGACGACACUUGGACAUGCUGUAAUUGCGAUGGACUCAACCUUAUCGCCAAUGCACCUAGCAAAUGUCCAGUGUGUUCGCAUGCAAAAUGCUCAUCCUGUACCGACAGCGGAAACGCGCGGUGCGUCCCGGUUUGUACUACUAGAGUUCGGGAGGCUCAAAACACAUCACGCCUAGGUUGGCCUCUCGACGAAUUUCUGACAUUGAUCCCACGCCCUAUGUCUACCGGUGACCCGGCUUCCCACGCUACUCUUGACAAUGCAGUUACUCGAGCGAACUUCACAGUUAUGAAAUGCGACGUGCACCUAGCGGGCUGCCCCGAACUGUUUGCACGGCCCCCAAUGAGAGGUUGGUGGUAUUGCCAUGUUUCCGGGAACGAACAUUUGAACAACCCCGAUUUGUCCCCCGAGGCCUGCAGUGAGUGUGGGCAUAUAAAGUGCUCUUGGUGCAUUGUCGAAGAGUAAUCCAUCUGAGGAAAUACCUCGCGCAUUUACAGGAUGUACCAUUACGUUUUGCUGCUCCCUUCGCAUGGGCUUCUCGCCUGGAGUUUCGGUUGUUAUCGGGCAUAGCGUCGCGCUGGAAAAAACAUUCCGUUUGCAAGGCACUUUCACCAGGCCGUAUCCCUAUGUUUUUUGUAUUGAUUCCUCAUUCGACCUGGUUAUAAAUUUGUCUUUCAUCCUUUCCUUCGUGUCUGCUUUCUAAGGUUUCCCGAUGGUUCUGUUUUACUAGGUUCGUUCUCCUUGACUUUUAUUUCUACCCACCAUUAUAUCCUUACCCGAUUUCAUUCUGCGUGUCAUUCGUUCAUUUCCAAGCACAUCCCUCCGUUACCAUUAUCCUUACCCAUGCUUCUGCUUUGCUUUCUAUCUGUUCUUUAACAUCAGCUUCCCUUGUUUCUGCUAUGCACUUAAUAGUUUCCAUAGAUAAUUCUCUUAUGUUACUUCCCUGUUUUAUACCACAAUAAAUUGCUGGAGCGAGCCUUAGUUGUUACUCGCAUCUAUCACUCACUACCUUGUGAUCUCGUUUUAAAGCAUUUCGUGUUCAUUCCCUUUCUCCCCCUCCCCCCCCCCCCGGUGGCUGCUGCGUCCUGGGCGUUAAUAUUUAUUUCCAUUCCCAACGGCAGUUUUGACAUUAGCUCAAUCGUUCAAUGUACUUGGUUAUCCAUACUUCA